CUGAAAUAUGAUGAUAUUUCCGAAAAAUUAUCAAAAUUUUUGCCGACCGGUGACGAAUAUCGUGUCGCAGCCGGCCGAUAAGCGAAAACACUAGAAAAGAAGAAAAAAUUAAGAGAAGAAAAAGGAAAAAUGCCAAAACUCAUGCUCGUUGUAUCUGCUGAGUUGAAGAAUAUUGUCAUUCUCCAACCUCAGGAUGGUAGUGACGAUGAGACCAUCAACUACUUUUUCAAGCUGAAGUGUGAAUAUUGUGGGUGGAUUUCUCAUAACAAUGCCUGUGUUUCUAUAAGUAUCAAAGAAAAACCCACUGGAAAUCGAAGAAAUGAUAAUUUGAAUUUGUCCAGAAAGUGUCAAGGAUGUGAAAGACAUGGCGAGAUCUCGUUAAUCCCUGGACAUGGGACUCCAUUAAGCCAAAAUCACUGCACAGAGGUGGAUUUGAUGUUAUUUCAUUGCGACGGAUUACUCCCUGUGGAGUAUUCAUUCAACGGUGGAUGGUUGGCUACAACGAUUUCUGGCAGAGAAAUUCAUGUUGAUCUUACUAUGGGAGAAUACACGGAUGUAAUCGAUGGAGUGGAGGUAUCAAUCUCAAAGCUAAAAGCCAAAUUUGUGCCAUAUUGGGGUUGAUGGCACUUCAGUUUUAUGUUUCUGAUUUCAGUACUUGGGUUGUUGUGGUUGGGUUUGCAGUUUGGUUGCAGUAGUUGGGGUUUCUUAUUCCUGUAGUUUUUUUGACUUUAUGAUUGUAAUAGUAACUUGUUUUCUGUUUCUGUUAUUUGACUUUAUGAUUGCAAUAGUUGUUUUUUUUA